UUCUGUACGGCAUUAUGGAUGACGAUUACCAUUUAUGCAAUAUUAAUUGCUUAUUCCAUUGCUCAGAAAUUUAAAGAGGUUCGAGAUCAUCUGGAAACUCUACUUGAUAACCACGAAGAGCUAAACAAUAUUCAAAUAAUCCAAUAUCGACAUACGCAGGUUAUAGAUAUGGUUGGAGCAUCAGAUCUAAUGCUAUCUCCAUACAUAUUUUUGGUGUAUGUGUUUACUGUACCUGGUACGUGCGUCGUACUACGAUAUUUAAUAUUCAGUGAAUUAUCUAACAUUGAACGAGUAACUUUGGUUAAUUGGAUCAUAAGUCUCCUACUUGUAUGCAUUGCCAUCACCUUAAUUUCUGGUAAAAUCGUCGUAAAUGCACACGAACCUGAACAACUUCUUCACAAAAUUAUGAACCUCCCAUUAAAUUCGUUCUAUAAAUUACAGAUAAACUUAUUUCUACAACGAUUACAUGGUCCGCCUAUCGGUCUGACUUGUUUGGGGAUAUUUGUAGUUACUUAUGGAACACUUUAUAACGUUUUCAGCAUGAUUGCAUCUUAUCUGUUGAUGUAUGUCCAGUACAGUAAAUCAAAUUAGAAGAAUUGAAAUGGUGAAAUAAGAUGGACAUUGCACUUGUGUUCCA